AUGGGACGCUGACGGCAGUAGGCGGGCGCAGCUAAGAAAAUUAUAAGGUCAUUUGAAUUACGCUUUGCUAGGCGAGCUUAUCGGCUACAAUGAACCCAGAAAUGAUAUCAGCGAGUGUGACAAUGGACGGAUGAUGAUCGCGGGGUCAAAGUCGACACACGCAGCCGGGCGGAAUUGACGCCCGGAGCCGCUGGAGAGGAGAGGAGAGGAGAGGAGAGGAGAGAGGAGCAGCUCGUUGUGGUAUUAACAACAGGAGGGGAUCCCGGUGCCGUGUGUGCGUUUCUGUUGAGCCAAGCGAGCGGCGGCGAGGAGCGGAGGGAGGUGGAGGGGGGGGCGACCAGGCGACCAGGCUACCCUAAGCCGAUCAAGGCGGCGGAAUCGCACCAUAACCACCUUUCACGUCUUGGGUGUUUCUGCGCAUCUAGAUGCUGUAAAAAACGCUGUGAGCCAGGUGCAAGGAUGAUGCGUCUAGCGUGUUGCACGGCCCUGCUGUUCGUGCUGAGGCUGCUGGUGGGCUUGCCUUGGUACCAGGUUCUCCCGGCCGUCUCUAUUUUCUACCUGGGAAGUGGAGGAUGGAGCUUCCUGCAGAUAUUUGCCAAAACAGUCGGCAGAGACUUACAUGCUGCGUUUGUGUUGUUGCGGGUGAAGAUGAACGUCAGACGCCACCUCAAAGAGAAGAACACCAUUCCCAAGAUCUUCGCCGAAACGGUGCGUCGCCACGGGGACAAAACAGCGCUGAUCUUCGAGGGAACCGGAGAGAGAUGGACCUUCAGACAGCUGGAUGAGUACUCCAACAGAGUGGCCAACAUGCUGCUGGAACGGGGUUUCAGGGAGGGCGAUGUGGUAGCCCUUUUCAUGGAGAACAGGUCCCAGUAUGUGGGCCUGUGGCUGGGCAUGGCCAAGAUCGGAGUAGAGGCCGCUCUCAUCAACUUCAAUUUAAGACUGGAGGCCUUGGUCCACUGUGUCACUAUCUCCAACGCCAAGGCUGUGGUGUUUGGCUCAGAGCUGACUGACGCCAUGUCAGAGGUCCACAGUUCAAUGGGGACCAAAGUGCAGAUGUUUUGCUGUGGUGACUUGGACCCCAAACGAGUCCCACAGGGGACCGAGUGCCUGGAGCCCCUGCUGGACAGUGCCCCGUCUCAUCUGCCAAGCCGUCCACAGCGCUGCUUCACCGAUCGCCUGUUCUACAUCUACACGUCGGGCACCACUGGGAUGCCUAAAGCUGCUAUCGUUGUGCACAGCAGGUACUACCGCAUGGCAGCCUUGGUAUACUAUGGCUUUAGGAUGACAUCUGAUGAUGUGUUGUAUGAUUGCCUUCCGCUCUACCACUCUGCAGGUAACAUUGUGGGAGUGGGCCAGUGUUUAAUACACGGCAUGACUGUAGUCAUCAGAAAGAAGUUCUCAGCUUCACGAUUCUGGGACGACUGCUUCAAAUACAACUGCACUAUUGUGCAGUACAUCGGAGAGAUCUGCAGGUACCUGUUGAACCAGCCCAUUAGGGACACGGAGAGGCAGCACCGGGUGCGCAUGGCCCUGGGCAACGGUCUGCGGCAAUCCAUAUGGGAGGAGUUCAUGAACCGCUUUAACAUCCCCCAGAUCGCAGAGUUCUACGGAGCCACAGAGUGCAACUGCAGCCUGGGCAACUUUGAUAACAAGGUUGGAGCAUGUGGCUUCAACAGUCAGAUUCUGCCUUUCAUCUACCCGAUCAGACUGGUGAGGGUCGAUGAGGAGACCAUGGAGCUCAUUCGGGGACCCGACGGUGUCUGUAUUCCGUGUAAACCCGGCGAGCCCGGCCAGCUUGUCGGCAGAAUCAUUCAGAAUGACCCUCUUCGGAGGUUUGAUGGCUACGUCAACCAAUCAGCAACCAGCAAGAAGAUUGCCCAUAAUGUCUUCAAGAAAGGAGACACUGCCUAUCUCUCUGGUGAUGUGCUGAUCAUGGACGAUUGCGGCAGCAUGUUCUUCAAGGACCGCACCGGAGACACUUUCCGCUGGAAAGGAGAGAACGUCUCGACGACCGAGGUGGAGGGGACUCUCAGCAGGCUGCUGGACAUGAAAGAUGUGGUGGUGUAUGGCGUUGAAGUACCAGGAGCUGAGGGAAAGGCUGGAAUGGCAGCCAUCGCUGAUCCUUCUCACUCCACCGACCUGGAGAAGUUUGUGAAGGAUAUGGAAAAGGCUCUGCCUCCGUAUGCAAGACCAGUAUUCCUCCGCUUCCUGCCAGAGGUCAACAAGACAGGAACGUUUAAGUUUCAGAAGACGGACUUGCGCCGGGACAGCUUUGAUCCCACUGCAGUGUCUGACAGACUGUACUUCCUGGAUUCCAGCAGAGGGCGCUAUGCUCAGCUGGACGAGGAGCUUUACCGCUCCAUACUGACAGGGAAACAUAAAUUGUGAUGACCAGGCUGAACACUACAUGUUAAAAAAAAAAAAAAAGAAAAGAAAAGAAAAAAACACCCAGACACACACACACUUAUUCAAACAGAUACAGAAAAGAAGACAAUACUGGAUGACCAGCAAUGAAGGACCAUGUCCCGAUAAACAUGAAUGCAUACAAAGUAAUAGCCAUACAUACACUCCAAAUGCCAACACAUUAACAAACAUUUAUAAACCUACAAUCACAACUACACAUUAUACUCAUAGAACCACGUCGCUCUUUAAAAUCUCUCAAAUCAGACUUAUGCACGCCACACACACACACACACACACACACACACACACACACACACACACAGCACCACUCCGUCCGUCCCGCCUGAUGUCCCCCCUUGGCAACUCCUCUCGCUACCUCAGCAAACACAGAGAGAGUCACUCACCUGGUCUGUUUGGUAACUUGAACUCCAACACUUCAUAGCCACACAAUCUCCUCCCCCCCCCCGCACACACCGGCCUCGAACAACCACCCAGGUGGUGUACAGGGCUGCCUGGCGUAAAGAAUGCAAAAAAAAAAAAGAAAAAAAAAAAAGACAGAUAACCACAGACUCGCAAGUGUGCUGAGGACGAGCAUGGAUUCAGCACAAAAAAGUGUUUGGGACAGCAGAGGGGCCGAGGCUUCUCUCGGUUCUUUGAUUUAUCAGGAAGAUUGUUGUGUGAAAGACUGCAGCCUCCGCCGUGGACUCCACCUGCACUGUUAGCCAGCAGUGACACUCUCCUGUCUGUGUCUGAGGUUAACAUUACUUUUUAAGUGUUUUUUUUUCCCCCAAAAAGGGAACAAGGUAAAGGUUGUGAGGGAUUUCAAUUAGACCAGUGGUUGAAGCUGAAAGAUUCACAGAAGUGCAAUAGUGCUCCAGCGUAAGACAGUGCAAUAAUCAGCGGCACCACAUGAGCGCUGAUAUAAAACAAAAGCUUCUCAUUUAAAUAUGUCUGCAUCACACCAAAUAUAUUUAAGUUGUAGUAGUGUCUGUUUACAUAUUUAAGGAAAUAUGAAACUCUUAGUGAUUUAUGAUGUUGUGAAAGCUUUCUCUUUUGACUAUCGAGUUGUUUUUGCUUUAUGUUUAUCCAGAUGCAUCCACCAGAAGCACUUCUUAAAAGAAGCUGCAGUGCACAUUUUAUAUCAGCUGCUGGAACACAAAGUCAAGUGAUCUGAUUGGUUCAACCCUGGGCUAAAUACAUCCAGGUUUUUUUUGUUUGUUUUUUUCACAGACACAGGACAUUUUCACACACUGAGCUGACAUUCAAUCUGCAGGUUUUGUCCCUAAAAAGACACCUAUCUUAGGAUGUGUGCAUUUUUUUCCCCUGAAACACAAAAAGAAGAAGAAGAAGAAGACAACCUGGACGAAGACAGAGACGCACCAAAUCCUCCUGAUAGACAAAGACCUGUGUUUCCAUCAAUCUUCUGGUGCUAAAGAGGGUUUUCAAGUGAGCCGAAAGAUCCAAAGAUACAAAGGCGGGAGUGGAGACGUGUGUGAAGAAAAGUAGAAGAAGAGAAAAUAUGCUUUGUCAUGUAUGUUUUGUUAUUUUUUUUCUGUCUGUCGUCGUCAGAGGUUGUAUAGCAGCAUGAAUGAGCAUCACCAACCACAAGCAGAGCACUGUGCCUUACUGUGAGUUCAGCUCCCAGACUCACAGGCCCUGGCCACCAAAAUAGUCUCUCAAAGGGUCCCUUAUGUCUGACUCAACUUCACUCAUUUCCUUUAUUUCAACCUACUGUAAUCUGCUCUGUCGCUUACAAGUUCCCUGUCCAAGAAGUCUGUCUAAUUCUGAAAAUCCUCUUUUAAGAAUCUAUGGCUGUCCAGCCAGGUGCAAGAAGAGGUUAGAUGUUUUUUUGUUUUUUUUAAAUCAGUCUGUCUUCCCCUCUUCCUUACUCUAACCAUGAUUUGUCUUUCACCGUCUUUUCAGUCACGCGUUGUCUCUUUGGUUGUCGUCAGUAAAGUUCCUAUUCGCUCAGCACCUUUUUAUGUGAAGCCUUUUUUCACUCUGCCAAGCACUCGUGUCGUUCUGAUUCAUCAUGUCUAACCUCUUCUUUGUCCACAGAUCGCCCUCUCUUCAAGACCUUCGUUUCAUCCUCACUGUCUCUGCUCAAUCACGCCCUGUCUGCUUCAUUCUGAUAAUGGUACAAACUGUAGAUCCAUUCUUUUCCCAAUUGGAGUUUGAUUUGUGGCCUGAUGGAUGUUUCUUUCAUCCACCUGGUGACACAAAAUCUCCAACUAAACACUCUAUAAACAACAACCUUUUACUGAUAUGUGUCUUGUAUAGUCUGCCAUUCCCCCCCUGUGACUUCUCUUCUUUGACCUCUUUCUCAGUCGCCUCAACACAGCCAGUCUGACUGUUGCUUACAUUGUGUAACGGGUUAUAUGAAGACUGGCUGUAUUGAGAGGACGCAUUCAUUUACAUGUUUAUUUCUUUCCCCCUUGUGGCGAUGCUUAGGCUGCUUUGUUUCCUGCAGAAUGAUUCUCAGCAGGGUCAAAAUGCAUGAUUCGUACUCUGCACUGAAGAGUGCAGACGGUCGAAAAAAAUUGACGUUUGAUAGAAAAGGAAAUUCAUGGCUGCUUCCUCUAUGGUUUUAGUUCAAAAAGUCUCUCUCACUUUGUAUUCAUUCUUUAAUGAUGAGUGUGAAAUGUUCCCCAUGAGUGUCUGAAGAAACAAAAUGAGUGACCAAUGAUGAUGAUGAUGAUGUUGUAACGUUACAUGUGUAUCUAAGGGAACAGUCUGGCUGGUAUGAUGCUUUGAGCCCAAGGGUUUCACUCGCUGACCCCUGUCUGAACAGCUGCACAGCAGAGCACUCUGAAAAAGAUGUUUCCAUUUUACUCUUUUUUUUUUUUUUUUUAAAUGGGUUUAAAUUAUUAUUUUUGAAAGAACUGUUAAUUAUGCUUUGUGUGUUUCACUGCUGAAUAUGUUUGCUUUGUUUUUUUUGUUUUUUUGUCUGGAUUCAUAGCUUUGUGAUUUUUGGUUUAAAAGGGGGGGAUACAUGCAUGAGUGUAAGACAAUCGAAUGGCAAUGUGUUUUUUUGGGGGGGGGGGUGGGUUCUUUAAAAAAAAAAAGAAAAAAAGAAGGCACUAGGAACCAGCCAGAGAGCAACAUUUUCUAGAUCAUGCUGUUGUACAUGGUGGAGGUGGUUUACAUGUUACCAAAAAUAGAUGGCAAAACUAAACGCAGCAGAUGCCAUGAAAAACAUGUCAGUUUCUUCAGGACUGUGUUGAUAUUUUUGAGACAUUUGUUUGACCAAAGGGGGGCGCUGUGACCUCAGCAACAGUUCUUCAGAAAGUCAGAAUGCCACAUAUAUAUACAUAUACCAUCAUUUAUCAAGCAGUCUCUGGACCUAAUGGGUAGAAUUGGAAGAACUGUGGAUUGGAAUUUAUUGUUGAAAAUUAAAUUUUCUAUCAUAUGUUUCACAGUUAUCUCUGCAGGAAAAAGACAAAAACAAGAAUGUCACCUUAAAUGUCUAGCUCAGAUUAUACAGCUGUCAUUGCACACCAGGCACAUAUCAGGCGCCCUGGCUAAACAAUUAUGCUUUCUCACAUUUCUGUCUCUGACUGUCCUUCAUGCCUCUGAUCAACAGUUCUGCUUUUUUUUGUGUGCAAUUUUUGUUUGUCGGUUUUUUCCCUGCCAUGCUCCUCAGGAACAUCCAGCAGUGCUAGAGAAGGCAACAAGUUUGUACACGUCUGCCUAUGUGAGUGAAAGGUUGUUGUUUUUUUUUAAUUAUUAUUAUUAUUUCUAUUUAAUUUAAUGGUCUCGUUGCACAGGCGGCAGCAUUCAGCUCUUGCAGAGUGUUUAGGGGAGGUCUGUGAGGUGUGCACACACUGAUGCCCUCUUGUCCACUGAAGGCUCGCUGUAUACGUCGUGCAUUUCAAAAGAAUGAGAUAAAUGCAGUGCUGCAAAGAAUCAUUAUUAAUAAAAACUAUUUAAAUUGCUCA